AUGUGUGACGAAAAACAGGAGCAACGUAUCAAUCUCACAUUUCUCGUUAAAUUGAAAAAAACUCCGACCGAGUGCUAUAAAUUGUUGCAAGAGGCCUAUGGAGGCAAUCCUCUAUCUCGUGCACGUGUUUUUGAGUGGUAUAAGCGCUUCAGUGAGGGCCGAGAGAACACUGAAGAUGACCAGAGCCCAGGUCGCCCUGUCACUGUUUAAACUCCGGAAACAGUGACCAAAAUCAACCAAAUUGUGCCUGCAGAUCGUCAAAUGAGCAUCCGGACGAUGGCCGAGACUGUAAACGCCGAUAAAGAAACGGUUAGACAAAUUUUACAUGAGGAAUUACAUGCGACAAAAGUCUGUGCGAAGUUGGUGCCAAAAAACCUGACUACUGACCAAAAGUUCUUGCGUCAACAGGUCUGCUCAGAUUUCCUUGAAAAGUUAAAAGAAGAUCCCGGACUGAUGAAAAAAAUUAUAACUUGCUUUGAACAAUGGAAAAAACGUAUGGAAAGGUUUGUGGCGAGGGGAGGGGAGUAUAUUGGAGGGGAGCAUUUGAAUGUAGAAUAAUUUGUAUAAUACGAAAACACGUAUAAUCGUAAAACACUUUUUCGUAACCAGUCUUGUUAUUUAAUAGCCACACCUCGUAAAAUAGAUAUUUGUAUUAUAGCACCUUAAUUUAGACGUUUCAAUUUUUUUUUAUUUAUUAGAUACCAACUGUCCCGCACCCGGCGUUGCUCGUGUUAA